UCAUGAUCACUGAUCAGGAAACAGAACAGAGGAAGCAGCUCUGUCUUUUCACGACACGUCUUCAUCAAAACAAGAUGACAAAAUUAUUUUUGUUACUUCUCUUCUGUCAAGUUUCAUCAUCAGUGAAACACUCCCUGAAAUAUUUCAUGACUGCAUCUUCUGGAGUCACAAACUUCCCAGAGUUUGUGGCAACUGCAGUCUUUAAUGACAUUUUGUUAGGUUACUGUGACAGCAACACAAAGAAGAUAGAACGAAAACAGGACUGGCUAAAAAAAUUAGCAGAAGACAAUCCUCAGCAGUUUGAGUGGCACAAUCAUGAGUGUUCUCAGAAAGCGCCAAACUCCCUCAAGGUCAAGAUUAAUGAUUUGAAGCAGCGCUUCAACCAAAGUGGAGGCGUCCACAUUUUACAGAUGAUGAGUGGUUGUGAGUGGGAUGAUGAGACUGGAGAAGUUCGUGGUUUUCAUCAAUAUGGUUAUAAUGGAGAAGACUUCUUAUCAUUUGACCUGAAGACAUCAACAUGGAUCGCUCCUAAAACACAGGCUGUCAUCACCAAACAGAGAUGGGAUGCUGACAAAGCUAGAAUAGAAUACAAUGUGAUUUACCUCAUACAGAUUUAUCCUGAGUGGCUGAAGAAGUAUUUGGACUAUGGAAAGAACUUUCUGCUGAGAACAGAGCUUCCCUCAGUGUCUCUCCUCCAGAAGACUCCCUCCUCUCCAGUCACCUGCCAUGCUACAGGUUUCUACCCUGACAGAGCCAUGAUGUUCUGGAGGAAAGAUGGAGAGGAGAUUCAUGAGGACGUGGAGCACGGAGAGAUCCUCCCCAACCAUGAUGGAACCUUCCAGAUGAGUGUCGACCUGAACCUUUCAUCAGUCACUCCUGAAGACUGGAGGAGGUACGACUGUGUGUUUCAUCUCUCUGGUGUAAAGGACGACAUCGUCACCAGAUUGGACAAAGCAGAGAUCAGGACCAACUGGGAGAAGCCGAGUCACAUGACCGUCCCCAUCACUGCUGCAGUGGUUGUUCUUGCUGUCGUCCUCAUCGGUGCUGUCACUAGAUUCAUCAUUUACAAAAAGAAGAAAGCCUCACAUCCUCCAUCUCCUCCUGACAGCUCUGAGCUCUCUGAGAAUCUGAAUCCAGAGACUUGAAUGACAAACACACUCAGGGAGUUUCCUCAUGUGUCAUGUGACAUACAUAUAGACCAAAUCAGGCAUUGCAGUGACCUGUGUUUUUACACUAAAAAAAAAAAAGCAUGCUCAGAAAAUCAAGAAAAAUAACUGAGAUUUUGUGUCUGUUUUUGACACUGAUGCAAUAUUUCCUCUUAAAGUUUCUAACCAUGUUAAAAUAGUGUAUUGUGUUUGACACAUUCUGAAUAUUUUAUGAUUUUAAAACAACUUAAAAUCACCUCUUGUGACAGACAGUGAUGGUGGUUAGAUUACUGAGCGGGUCAUGACAUUCACAUGAAGUCACUUAUAAAGUCAGUGGGGUCAGUCAGUGUAGUUUAUCCUGAGCAGAUAUGAUGUAAAUAUAAGGCUGGCUCAUACUGCAGAUUAUCUGUUUCCUGCUUGGUGAGUGAUGGAUUUUAAACUAGCUUAAAUAUUGAACAUGAUACUGUGGGCAUAAGGAACUUUUGUCACAUUUUACUGUGUAUUAAUGAACAUAAAUUAGUCCAAAUCAAAUGUAUUGUUCUUUCUUUUUGUGCUGAUGUUUCACUGCACAAUAAAAUCCACAACUU